GUGGGAGUGUGUGUGUGUGUGAGAGAGAGAGAGAGAGAGAGAGAGAGAGAGAGUGAGUGAGUGAGAGACGCUGAAAGGAGCAGCAGAGAGGAGCAACUGGACUCACAUCACCCGCACAUUAUCAGGCUUCCUCUCCUUUUCUCUCCGGGCUCUCCAUCCGCAGCAGGACACAUCAUGGGAGGCAAGCUGAGCAAGAAGAAGAAGGGAUAUGACGUCAGUGAUCCCAAGGAUAAAAAGGAGGAGAGUGCAGUGGUAACAACAUCAGCCUCAGAGCAGAAGGAUGAAGCUCCGGUCACUGAGGCCACCAAGGCACCAGAACAAGCUGCUGAGCCAGCUGCUGCACCUACAGACGUAAUGGAAGAAGUGAAGGAAGAGCCUGCAGCAACCAAGGAACCUGCACCAGAGCAACCAUCAGCUGCUCCAGUGGAAGCUGCACCGGCCCCAAAGGAACCAGAGGCUGCACCAGAGAAGCCUCCAGCCCCAGUAGAACCUACAUCUGCUCCCGUGGAGGCUGCAGCUCCCAAAAAGGAGCCAUCACUGCACUCAGUGGAACCUCCAGCUGCCCCUGUGGAAGCUGCUUCUGCCCCUGUAGAGGUUAAAUCUGCCCCAAUGGAACAGGUCCCAAAGAAACCAGUGGAGGAACCAUCGGCUCCUACUGUGGAAGCUGUUUCUGCACCUGUAGAGGAUGCUCCUGCCCCAGAGGAGCCAGCAGUUGCUCCAAAGGAGCCUGCACCUGCCCUAGAAGAGCCUACAGUUGCCAAAGAUGAACCUACACCUGCCCCACAAGAGGCUGCACCAGUGGAAGUGGCUGUAGCAACAACCCCAGCAGAGACUGUAACUGCCCCAGCAGAGCCUGAAACUACACCAGUAGAGGCUGCAGCUGCCCCAGAAGAGACAGGACCUGCCCCAGAGGAUCCUCCAGUUGUCCUGGUGGAGGCUACAAUUACACAAGUGGAAUCAGUUCCUGUCCCAGAGGAACUGGUAGCUGCACCAUCGGAGCCUGGAGUGCUACCACAAGAACUAGCUGCUGCAGAACCAGAACCUACCCCAGUAAAAUCUGAAGCUGCCACUGAGGAACCUGUUGUGGCCCCAGUGGAGGCUGUAGCUGUCCUAGAAGAGCCUGUAGCUGCACCUGAAGAACCUGUAGCUGCCCUAGAAGAGCAUGUAGCUGCACCAGAAGAACCUGUAGCUGCACCAGAGGAACCUGUAGCUGCACCAGAAGAGCCUGUAGCUGCACCAGAAGAGCCUGUAGCUGCACCAGAAGAACCUGUAGCUGUACCUGAAGAACCUGUAGCUGCACAAGAAGAACCUGUAGCUGCACCAGAGGAGCCCGUAGCUGCACCAGAAGAACCUUCAGCUGCACCUAAAGAGUCUGUAGCUGCACCGGAAGAACCUGCAGCUGCACUGGAAGAACCUGCAGCUGCACCAGAAGAACCUGCAGCUUCACCAGAAGAACCUGAAGCUACACCAGAAGAGCUUGCAGCAGCACAGGUAGUGGAGGAGGCCGUCCAGGACGUUUUAAGCACCAUAGAGGUUCAAGAAGUAUCAGCUGAAAAUGCAGAAAACAUAGAGGUGCCAGAGCCAGAGCUUCCAGAACCAUCUCAAGAAUCCGAGCCCACUGCUGCAGCCCCAGAACCUGAACCUGUUGCAGCUCCAAAACCUUCAGAACCUGAGCCUGUUGCCCGGCCAGAGAGUGAAGAACCCAUUCCUGAGAUUGUGAUUUCCGAGUCAGCUUCAACCAAUGAGCUCUCAGCUGAGGAGCCCAGUGCUGCCCCUAGCGCUACGGAGGAGAAGCUGGACAAUGGCGAGUGUGACAGCGCUGGAGCUGAGGAAGAACCUUCCGGAACCGCGCCUAAAGUGAAUGGGGAUUGUAAGGAGAAGGCCAAUGGAGAGGCCAACGGAGAUGCUGAGGAGUGUGUCAACGGAGUGGUGGCAGAAAAAGCCGCUCAAGAGCACAACGACUGUGAACUGAAAAAGGAUUUAAGCCUGGCUGCUGACGCCGUGGUGGUCAGCCAGGCCAUCGAUACGGUCUGAGAAAUGUGAAUUCCAUUCUGAUGCAAUUGACAAGAGUCCAAGAAAGAACACAGGCGUUCUGAAAAUAGAUGUCAAAAAUGCCUGUCGUGGUAUUUUCAGGCAAAAAAAAAAUAAAAAAAGGAAUUUCUGGUCAACCCAAAAAAGAAGUGCAACCACUCAAGAGCUAAAAGAGAGACAAAGAGAGUGAGAGAGUGAGGGAGAAUUACAGAGAACCAGGAAUAGUCACAGAGAGAGAGAGAGAGAGAGAGAGAGAGAGCAGCGCUGGAAGCCUUUGUACCCUGCCGUGUUUGGCGAAGGCCGGCUGGUGAAUAUAUAAACCAGAAUGAAUGUGAACAAUAGUUAGGCAUAAACAGAAAACUGGACCGCAGAUCGAAACUCUGGACAUUAAAGAAACAAACAAAAAAAAACAAAAACAAAAAAAUAACAACAAAAAAGCAAAACAAAAAGAUGUUUGGAAUGAAUAGUCUUGUGUUUUUUGCGUGUGAUUCUGAUGAAUAUGAAAAAACUGGGUUAUUGGAUUAGCAUUUAAUAGCAUAUAAUCUAAUUUAGAUUUCACAUAUCCUUUCCGUGUCCGAAGAUUUAUAACUGCGCCGAAUCAGUGAGGAGGAAUGUUCGUGUUUAACGUGAUGGAUUAGAGAAGAAAAAAGGCAAAACAAGACUCUUAUACCUUUAAAACCUUGGUGCUUUCGUUUUCACACCUUUCAUUCUUACCCGGAUCGAGUGCCUGAGACUGAAACAGUCUUUUGUUAACUUGUGUUAUAUUUAAAAAAUAUUUCAAAUAAACGUACGACAGAAACCUGA